UGUACUACACUGUAGAAUGUAGAUAACUGCGUCUGUUCAUCUUGGACUCCAAGUUGAAAGCUGCUGCUUUUGUUUCGUCUUUUACUUUCUGAAUCUCAGAAGAAAAGGCGUCACCUUACACUUUGCUAACGUCACAAUGCAAGAUCCGUCAAAUCCAAAGCCGACGACGAACCAGACGCCGCAAUUUCCCUCUGCAUUGUGGCCGUCGCACCACCGGAGAGCUCACUCGGAGGUGAACUUCCGUCUGCCGGAGGAUCUGGAUCUGGCUUCCGACCCGUUCGAUGCGGCGCCGGCCGGCAGCUUCGAGGAGAUCGGCUCCGAGGACGAUCUGUUCUCCACUUUCAUGGACAUCGAGAAGCUCGGCGCCGGAUCCAUGUCCGCGGCGGCCGGAAUCGACAAUGCCGGCGCCGGAGGCGCGGCGGAUGAUGGAGGCAUUGCAUCGAACCGGCCGCGCCAUCGGCACAGCAACUCGGUGGAUAGCUCCAGUUUGCUGCUGAGCGAGAGUGCCAUUGAAGCUAAGAAGGCUUUGGCUCCUGAGAAGCUGGCUGAGCUCUGGACCAUUGACCCUAAGCGAGCUAAAAGAAUUCUGGCGAAUCGGCAGUCUGCAGCUCGAUCAAAGGAGAGGAAAGCGCGAUAUAUGUCUGAACUCGAGAGAAAAGUUCAGACCCUUCAAACCGAGGCAACCACUCUUUCUGCUCAGCUCACCCUGUUCCAGAGGGACACGACAGGGCUUUCAAAUGAGAACACCGAGCUUAAGCUUCGUUUGCAAGCCAUGGAACAACAAGCUCAGUUGCGUGAUGCUUUGAAUGAAGCACUGAAGCAGGAAGUCGAGAGGCUCAAAGUUGCUACUGGGGACAUAACGUCAUCUUCAGACGCAUACAAUCUGGGAAUGCAGCACAUUCCUUAUAAUCAGUCUGCAUUCUUUUCACACCAGCCACAGCCCGGGCCAAGCGAGUCCCAGAACAUGAAGAUGCCACCGUUCCACCCUCUCCAGCCACGCUCAUCGGCUCCCCAUUACCCAGUCUUGCUGGCUUCCCAGGCGCAAGGCCUCCGAGAUACAAUGCAGCAGCAGGAUCCCCUCGGGCAUUUCCAGAGCCUCGACAUCAGUAGCAGGGGUUCUCAUCUCAUGAACUCUGAGGCCAAUUCCAUACCUGCCAGUGAAAGCAACAUUGCGUUGUGAACAUAACUUUGUGCAAAUGCCCCCCAAUCCUCUCUGUUGAAUUGUUCAUAGACUGACAGACACCAUGUUUAACAUCCAGGAAGAUAAUUCUUCUUCUUCUUCUUCAUAUUCUUUUGAUUUGGCCUCCUGCAGCUUGAGCAGGAUCAUUCUCAGUAGCUUCUGGCAAUCCUGUUAUUCUUUGUUGUUGUGGCAAUGGGCUUGGAAUUUUAUUUAAAAUAAAUUUUGGUACAUUGGAGUUUCUUUUCAAA